AUGGCUUCUAGAGUCCGGAGGAGGAGGCAAUUGGACAAGGUGGCCAAUGCAUGUGAACAGUGUAAGACGCGAAAGGUCAAAUGCUCGGGACGCUACCCCUGUGAGCCAUGCAUCGGGCGCGAUUCGCAAUGCAUCUUUAAACAAGCAGAAAAGAGGGUGGUCGUGUCUGAAAGUUAUCUACGCAAGCUGCAAGAAUCCUACACCAAGAAGCAAGAAAAGCAGGUCUCAACCCGUGCGGGCUCAGAGGAUGUAACAAUUCCGGAGCUCAAUGCCGACUUGCCUACCGGGCAUGCGAACAUGCGUACUUCCGGAGGCAAUGCGACCGACGGAGAAACUAUUACGAACCCGUUAGUUUCUGCCACUUCGUUCUAUCUUCAAGACACUCCUGGGCGAUACCGCUUUUGUGGGCCAUCAUCUACCUGGUCAUUUUCUCAACGUGUUUUCCUUCUUUUGAAAACAGCCCUGCCCGAGUUUCCUGCUCCUGACUUGCCAUUCCAUGUUGAUGGAACUACGUGGGAGUUGAACUGGACCCGAACAAGUCUGGAUAGUGAUAGAGCAUUGGAAGGACUCCCGUCCCUCCAUGAUGCCCUAUAUCUCCUUGAAGUGGUCAAGUUCCAUUCCUACCAGAUGCUCUUUCUAUUUGACGAAGAGAAGUUCUUACCGCACCUACACGAGUUUUACCAAAAAGGACUCGAGAAGGCAAGGAGCUCACCUCUCUGGUUCAUUCAAUAUCUACUAAUCAUUGCCCUUGCAAAACGCACUACUGUUACGUCAAGGAGUUCCAGCUCACCACCAGGAUACGCCUUCUUUGAGCGUGCCAUGUCUCUUAUGCCAGAUUGGGUUGGGUUGCACCGACGUCGUCCCAAUCUGGGGAUGCAAAUAUUGUACCUGGCCGGGCUUUAUCUGGUAUCGGUAGACAUGAAGGACGCUGCCUACGCUUAUGUCGGCCAAUCGUUCCGCACUUGCAUUAUCGAGGGGCUCUCCAGAGAACCACCCGUUGAUCUCUUCGGUGUAAAGUUUGCAAACGAAUGUAGGGAUAUAUGGUGGACCGCAUACAUACUAGAUCGCCAGCUUUCGGUCAUGGUGGGCGCACCGUGCUCGAUACAAGACAGCGAGAUCACCUGCUCGUUGCCUUCAUCUUAUGAUACUUCAGAACGGGGAACUCUUUUGACAUUGCAUGUUAAGCUUUCUCGGAUUAUGGGGGAUAUUAUAAAAUGCAAGUCGGUUUACACAGCAGAUAGUAAACAAAGACGAUCCUUCAUCGCUACAAUUCAAUCAGUAUUGAGGAAUAUGGCAGAUAUUCUUCGGGAUAUCGAGCACGUCUCUACCAGGACUGCUCAUCCUACCCUCCGCACAGUUUCAACUACGACGAGUCACCUGUGUCUGUUGUACCACCAGAAACCCCAGAAUCAGGACGACGCGGCAGAAAUGUUCAUUCCCGCACAGCUCAGGCCAUUGCUGGAAACUUCUCUACAAUCAGCCAAAGCUUCACUGAGGACAUUAUUAUCACUACAUGAGCAAUCUUCAUUGGAAUCAUUAAUCCCAUUCAACCAAAAUAACGCAUCCUUCUCGGCGUUUAUCGUUGUUCUCGCCUAUUUUAUUGAGCCGUCAUUAGUACCAGAUGUGGAAAACUACAUCUCGACCGUCUCAUGGCUGUUGAAUGCGCAGAUAUCGAACGGAGACCUGGCCGCCAAGCAACGGAGCAAAGAGCUUGACCUGCUGCAACGAAUGAUAGAAGAGAUUGUGCGCGUAGAGCAGCAACAGCCUGGAGCCCACCAUGAGGAUACCCUAGCCCGGGAUGAUCUCGAACAACGUCUCUCGACUCCAGAAAACUUGACUAGUUGGGCCAUUGAUGUUGAGGACAUCGACAUCAACCAUACACAGAUACUAGACCUGGCUGACCAAUUGGACGUCCUCCAAGAGAGUGUAUGGGGUACAAAUUUUGAAUUUGAGUAUAGCAAUAUGUGGAAUUAG